AUGGCCGUAUGCGUUAAUUGUGGUUCUCCAACAAUUAUCAAGACUUCGUGGGCCUCUGCAAACCCUGGACGGAAGUUCUUCUGCUGCAUUACUCGACGGAGGGGAUGUGGGUUUGUGGAUUGGGAAGAGGGUCCAUCGUGUGAAAGGGCAGUUGAAGUCUUUCGACAUUUUGCGGUUGUGGCUUAUCAAGUUAGGGACUGUGAAGAAGAAGCUUUAAGGAUGGCAUCUGAAAUUAGGCACCAUCAAGAACAAGCUUUAGGGAUGGCAGUGAAGUAUACAAGAAUGAAGAUGAUCUUAAUGUUUAGCGGGGGUUUUUUUUUCAUCUUAUAUGUUGUUUUUCACUGA